CUUACGGAAGUGAUUCGCGGAAUGAUGAGCGCUGACGGACUUCUCUAUCAAUAAUGCACAGCGGUGCCGUGUCGCACAUGCGCACUUCUUCCACAGUUCUGCACAGGUGCGCGCUUACACCUGUCAGCGGUGCACAGACUGCGUCUCAUCAGAGUGACAGACGAGAUUCAACGUAAAAAGGUGACUAAUUGAUUCAUUCAUGGAGCUAAUUGGAUCCACUCAGAUGGCCACUUACACUCGGCCAAAAACAAGCCAUUUCUUACCGGCCAUAUCCACCACAGCAUCCAGUUACAGGAGCCACCAACCAGCCUUAACCAUGAACCAGAAUUCAAACAUGCCCUGGAGGACUAAUUCGUACUUCAGAAGUGGCAGCGCUAUCCCGAGUGUAUCAGCCCUUCAAAGAGAAAACCUAGACUUGGUCCGGGCCAAGACCAUGUUUUACCCUUCUAACAGGACAGCUCUCAGUACACGCUACAUGCCAGAAGACUGGUUCAAGUCCAACCACAGUAACUACAGGGAGUCAGAGUCGUCCCGGAACAGUGCCGAAAGGCUUCGUAGGGACACUAUCCGAAUGAUCCAGGAUAAGGACCAGAUGACCCGCAGGACCCAGGACACCACCAGCAAGAACCUCGGAGAAAGACUAAACGACAUCAGCUUCUGGAGAUCAGAGCUCAAUCAUGAGAUAGACAACAUGGUGACAGAAAUAUCAGCGCUGACUGAUGUGAAAAGAAGACUGGAAAGAGCACUCGCUGAGACUGAAGGGCCACUCCAGGUUUCUCAGGAAUGUUUGUUCCACAGAGAGAAGAGGAUGUCCAUUGAUCUGGUUCAUGAUGAUGUAGAGAAAGAUUUAAUAAAGGAAGUGGAAGUGAUUAAGUCAUGUCAGGAGAGAAUGAGGCGCCAUUUAGACCGAGCUAUUGCUCAACUAGCGUCAAAUCGUGCAUCACAACAUGAGUUGGAGAGGGAUUUGAGUGACAAGGUCACAGCACAGAGAAUCGAUGAUAGGUGUCACCAUCUCAGGAACACCUCUGAUGGAAUCAGCUACUACAGAGGGAUUGAUCGCAUGGACCCAUCUAUCAGUCUCCCAGACUCCUGGUCGAAGUUCACUGACGACAACAUCCUGCAUUCUCAGAGUGAACGCGCUGCCUCUCACAAACUCCGUGAUGAGAUUGAGAUCCUGCUCAAUGCCACUUCAAACGAGAUGUGGAACCAGUUUAAUUCUGUAAACGUGUCCUUUACCAACCGCGUCUCUGAGAUGGCAGAUGCCAAGAACAAUCUCCAAACCCACCUGGCUAAGACCCUUCAGGAAAUCUUCCAAACCGAGAUGCUGAUUGAAGCUUUAAAAAAGGCAAUCCGAGACAAAGAGAACCCACUUAAAGUGGCCCAGACCCGGCUGGAAGAGAGGUCUCGCAGACCCAAUGUAGAACUCUGCAGAGACAAUCCUUAUCACAGGCUGGUUACAGAGGUAAGGGAGAUUGAAGACACCAUUCAUAAACUGAGAGAGAGACUGAUGGAGGCCGAGAACACUCUACAGACCCUGGUGAAGACCAAAGUUGCUCUAGAGCAUGACCUGUCAAUCAAAGCCAACUCUCUGUUCCUGGAUCAGGAGAAAUGCAUGGGCAUGAGGAAGAGCUUUCCCAGCACUCCUCGCCUAGUUGGAUACACCUAGAUCUUCCAGAAUCUUCUACAGACGUUGAUUACCCAUUAACCUAAAUCCAAAAUUAACACCUCACUUUUAUUGUUUCAGUAAGUUAAGCACACUGUGAUGAUUAGAAUUUGACUAUCCUGAUAAAAAAAUCUAUCUAGUAAAUCCUGUAAAGGGAACCUCAAUCGAACCUCAAAUUUUUGUAGUAUUCCUAAGAAAAGACUAAAGAGUUUGAAGAGUUAAAAUACAGAGUUUAUCAGUGAUCUUAAGAGCUCCAGACAUCUGUUGACCUUAAAUUGUAAACAGGUUUGUUUUUUGCUCAGGUGUGACAUGAUUCUGACAGUUUGCAGACAGUGGACAGAACACCUUUCCUUUGUUUGUUUAGUUCAGAGGUCCACUUGAGGGCUGUCACUGAUAAAGUGAUGUUCACUCCACACUUCCCUGAGUACAGCAAAGCACAGUGGAGCUGUAGUUCUCAUGUUCUUCUGAAGUACAAACACACACUUAGGAAACAGAUGCCACCGGCUACGAGACUCAUGGUUAAGUAUACACACAGCAUCUGGGUUUAUUGAUUCAAAGGGGAAAAGUGUUUGCUACUAUAAACGGCACACUGGUGUUCUGCUCAAACAUACAUUUCAAAUUCUUUACAUAAAUCAAAGUCUGCUGCAGGCUGAAUGCUUAACAGUACACAUGCUUGCAGGGUUGCUUAAGAUGCACUUGAGAUUAGGUGCAUCAGUAAGAAGAAUGAGAUGUGUGCUUUUUGACAGAAUGCUUAUGCAAAUAUACACACAUAGAUGAGAUAGCUUGCUCUUUCAUAUUUCAGAAGAAAUAAGUAAGACUUAUUUUGCCUAAGAUUCUAUAGGAAAUAUAAGAACUUAUAAGAAAAAUAAGCUCUUAUGAGAUUGCUCUAAUACAGAAAAAGCAGAUAUGUGAUGCUGGACAACAAAACCAUAAGGGUCAGCUUAUAGAUCAUUUGAAAGAUGCUUUUGAUGUUAGGAAAAAACAAUAUUUGGCUGAGAUGCAACUAUUUGAAAAUCUUCAAUCUGAGGUUGCAAAAUAAAAUCUAAUAAAAGAAAUAUAUUCAAAUUUGUUCCAAUAUUGUCCUUAGCAAUGCAUAUUACAUACUAAUCAAAAAUUACAUAUGAUAUAUUUAUGGUUAAAUAUAUCAUAUGUAUGCUUUUCUUUACAACAAGACUUACUUAGUAGUAUUCAUACAAAUAUGUUUUGCACUAAUUUCCCCCUAUGUUCAUAUGUAUUUGUUUGUUUGUUUAUACUGUCAAAUAUGUCAACAGUUCAAAAUAUGAUCAUAAAGCAGUUUAUGCUGUACCAU